AUGUCACAAAAAAUCAACUCCAAAAACCUGUCCUACAAUUCUUCUCUCCCGCCUUUCCUCGCAGCUCUCCGGGCCCAGGCAUCCGGUGCUUCAGGUCCGGACCCGAUCCUCUCAGCACAGCGUCGCAGUGGGAAGAAGCGAUCCAGCAGCGAAGAGGCGGAAGAUGCUCCGUUGGUUGUCGACGAAGAUGGAAACACGAUUGAGGACCUCAAAGUCAACAAAGACGGCACCGUGGAAGAAACGCCAAAUGAGGAAGCCGACAAAGGGGCCAAGGACGGAACUCUAGACGCAGAGCAGGACAAGGCGAAUAAAGGCGAAUCGGAACCAGCCAAGGCUUCGAUAGGAGGAAGGAAACGCAAGGUCGGCAAAGUGAUUGGCGAAGAUGCUCACGAUGAAGUUGCCAAGCCUUCUACGGAGAAGAAGACUGAGGCUGCGAAGAAAGGCGCAGAUGAUGCCGAGCAGGCUACCAACCGCAAGACCAAGAAGAAGGCAAAGAAGAUUAAGCUGAGCUUUGACGAGGAAGAGGGCUGA